AUGUCAAGAGAUACUUGUACACUUUAUACUAUGGGUGGCGGUGCAUCUCAUUCUCCUCCAGUGUAUUAUAAUCCUUUUUCAUCUGUACCUACUACUACUUCGACAAUCAGUAUUCCUCUUACUGCUUCGACUGCUACUACUUCUACUACUCCUACUACGUCAAUAAACACAGCCUUCAACGACAUGCAGAUACAUCCAAGAUCUUCAAAAAGUCAGGUACCUCCCCCGCUUCCACCGGUUCCUUAUGCUUAUACAAUUCAACAACCAUUCACUCCUUCACCAGCACCUUUACCUCUACAACAACAACAACAACAACAACAACAACAACAGUUGUCAUCUCUUCCAACUCAAUCUCGACGUCAACCCCAACCUCAAACAGUACGACUUGUUUAUACAAAAUCAGCAUUUUAUCUAAAAGAACGUAAUCGACCACCUACUCAUGGUUAUUUUACUAUUAUAUCAAACAGUCUAACUGAGGACAAUCUUCUUUUAUAUAUCGCCUGGAUACCUCAACAUUUGAUUGACCCCAUAGACUGGCACAAAUUUUUGACUCUAGAUAGUGCACUGCCCUCUGAUCAAGGAUUUCCCACUAUUCAGCUACAUAUGGGAUAUGGCGAAACGACAGUGAUUGCACUUUCCAAUAUUCAUUCACUCUAUGUACGUCCUCCUACAACUGACUUGCAAGGUUCUAUUGUCAUUACAACAACCGAAGGCGAUGUUCUACGACCACUUUGGUAUCAACCAACAAAUCCAUUUGAUGCUUCUUGGCCUGGUUACAACAUCAUCGAUAUUCUUGGUGCCUUUGUUGAAAUAGAAAAGGCAACUGAUGAUGAAUAUGUAUAUAUUUUAUUACCAAACUUGACUACAGAACAGAACGCCACGACGGCAACAACAACAACAACAACAGUAACCGAUUAUCAUACAGCUGAUCCUAUCUCUUCUUCUCAUCCUCUUAUAUCACCAUCCUCCUCUUCAUCUUCAAUAACUGAAACUCCAUAUAGCAGUCUAAGGGAAGCAAGAUGGACUAUAUUAGAAAGAUUUUCAAGAAUUACAAAGGCAUCAAGGGAAACGGCAGCUCAUAUAUUAGAUCAUCCAGUGGCCCAACCUAUUGUUCCAUUAUUACCUACCUCAAUUCAAGCUCUUGGUCGAAAUGGAACUGUACAAGAAACCAUGAGGGACUACAAUGUAGCAAGCUAUUACCUAACUCAAUGGGCUGCUGAGGCUUCAUUAGAUCCAUUGUCUGAUGAUGAACGAUAUGCUGAUGGUUUGUUAUCUGAUAUACCAGAAAUGCAACAACCAUUACCCAAUCAUAGUCGACGUGAACCAAUUUCUCCUGAAGAAUGGAUUGACUUUUUUGAUCAAGAUGGUGUUCUUUGUGUAUCUCUUUCACAUGUUCACAAGCUAAUUUUUCAAGGUGGAUUACAUGCGGACGUUCGAAUUGAAGCUUGGAAAUUCUUAUUAGGUAUUUAUCCAUGGCAAAGUACAUUUGAUGAAAGGGAAGCCAUUCGACGAAGCAAAGCUGAAGAAUACUUUGAUAUCAAGGCUAAAUGGUUCAACGAUAUGGAAACAAGAAAUAGUAAACAGUUUCUGGAUGAGAAACAUCGUAUUGACAAGGAUGUACAUCGCACGGAUCGCAACAUUGACUUUUUUGCCGGUGAAGACUUACCUAAUCCAGAUCCUCAGAUGGCAGUGGGUACCAAUGCCAAUUUGGAAAUCAUGAAAGAUAUCUUGGUGACUUAUAACUUCCACAAUACAACACUGGGCUACGUUCAAGGCAUGUCUGAUUUGUGUGCGCCUAUGUUUGUUGGUAUGGGAGAUGAAGCCAUGGCAUUUUGGGGUUUUGUGAAAUUUAUGGAUCGUGUGCAAUCCAACUUUUUUACUGAUCAAUCAGGAAUGCAUCGACAAUUGAAAUCUCUGGAUGCUCUACUACGAUUUAUGGAUCCUGAUCUUUACAAACAUUUUGAAGAAACUGAAACUACCAAUUUAUUCUUUUGUUUUCGAUGGUUACUUGUAUGGUUCAAACGUGAAUUUGAUUGGGAAGAUGUCAUCCGACUUUGGGAAGUAUUAUGGACUGAUCAUUUAAGCAAACAAUUUCUUCUUUUUGUUGCUCUUUCUGUCCUGCAUCAACAUCGACAAACCAUUUUAACGGAACUUGGACAAUUUGAUGAAUUAUUAAAGUAUAUUAAUCAAUUGACUGGCAACAUAUCAUUGAACAAGACAUUAGAAACAGCUGAAGUACUAUUUUACCAAUUUGAACGAAGAAUCAAGGCCAUGGAUAAAAAACAAGCUAAACUUCAAGAAAAACUUCAACAGCGUAGUGUUUGGAACAAUGAAAAAGAAAGAAAUGAAAUUCAAGCAGCUCUCAAGAAACUUUAUAUAGAUCCCCAGCUACGUGAACUAUUAACCAAAUGA